AGAGAGAGAGAAGAUGAGUAGAGGCAAGAACACAUAGAUAGAUCAUCAUGCGUGAAAGAAUGAUUAAUAAUAGUGAUUAUGAAUAUAGAUCAAUCACAUAAUUAAGAGGGAGAUUUGGAAAAAGGGUUUUUGAAAGAUUCAAAAGGGUAAGAGAGAUUAUAUUAGAUUAGAUUAGAUUAGAUUUAGAUAGAGGCGAAUGGGGGUGGACUAUUACAAGGUUCUUCAGGUGGAUCGUAAUGCCAAAGAUGAUGAACUCAAGAAAGCUUAUCGGAAGUUAGCAAUGAAAUGGCACCCCGACAAAAAUCCCAACAACAAGAAAGAAGCAGAAGCUAAAUUCAAGCAAAUCUCCGAAGCAUACGAUGUUUUGAGCGAUUCCCAGAAGAGAUCAGUUUAUGAUCAAUUUGGUGAAGAGGGUUUGAAGGGACAAGUCCCGCCGCCAGGAGCUGGUGGAUUUCCAGGAUCAUCUGAUGGUGGUGGUCCAACAUCGUUCCGAUUCAAUGCUAGAAGUGCUGAUGAUAUAUUCCACGAGUUUUUUGGGUUCUCAAAUCCAUUUGGCAUGGCAGAUAUGGGAAGUACACGGCCAAGCACUUCUGGGUUUCCUAGAGGUGUGUUUGGUGAAGAUAUGUUCACGUCUUUUAGGGGAGGAGGAGCUGGAGAUGGAGGAAAUAAUGUGAUGAGGAAGGGAGCUGCAAUUGAACGUACACUUCCAUGUAGUUUGGAGGAUUUGUAUAAGGGAACAACUAAGAAGAUGAAGAUUUCUAGAGAUGUUACUGACAGUAGUGGGAGACCGUCGACAGUGGAGGAAAUUCUUACUAUUGAGAUAAAACCGGGUUGGAAGAAGGGAACAAAAAUAACAUUUCCAGAGAAAGGAAACGAACAGAGAGGAGUUAUACCGUCAGACCUUGUGUUCAUCGUUGAUGAGAAGCCUCACAGUUUGUUCAAGAGGGAUGGUAAUGAUUUAGUUCUCACACAGAAGAUCUCUCUGGUGGAAGCUCUCACAGGUUAUACAGCUCAAGUGACAACCCUUGAUGGGCGGAAUCUGACUGUUCCUAUAAACUCGAUCAUUAAUCCGACCUACGAAGAAGUUGUUAAAGGAGAAGGAAUGCCAAUUCCGAAGGAUUCGUCUAAAAAAGGUAAUUUGAGAAUUAAAUUCAACAUCAAGUUCCCUAGCAGACUGACUUCAGAGCAGAAAACUGGAAUCAAGAGAUUGUUUUCAUCUUGAACAAAUCCUGUG